CCAGGGACCCCCUUCGCCGUUCGAGCGUGUACCAGUAGAGAAACCGGUCGGCCGUCGGCGCAGCGCGCGAGCACACCGGGAGAGCGCGCAUGGCACUCUGAACGCGACUUACCGGGCCGAGGUCUCUCACUCGAAGAAUAACGCGCGCACGUAUCGCACGUUGUUGGUUCGUCCGUCGUCUGUCCUGUUUGUCCGUCGCUCGUAAUACGGAGUACUAUCCCUAGUUGGUGUGUAUAGUGAUGCGCCGCUGUUGAACGAUUCGCCGCUCUCCGUCCGGGUGAUCCUGCGCAAUACGCGGGCGAAGGAUCUGUGUGGUGUUGUCGAAUCGCGUCGUCUUCAUCGAACAACAGCUAGCAGGUUGGGCUGUUCUGGUGUCUUGGGUGACUUGGGUUUUCACGCUCUCGUCGAAGACAAUCGUGUCAGGUUAAUUGGAUAAUUAUCGCUUUAGUGCUUUAGUGGAUUGUUUUGUGAAGGAACAGCGGAAGUCGAAGGGAGAUUCUCCGCGAAGAACCUGUAUCGUGCUGGAAUUAAGGGGUGUUAAUUAAGCUGACAAACGCAAGGUUAAUGCUACACCUGACAAAGUGAUUGUGUUUUUGUGUGACAACUCAAGGAGUUUGAUGGUUGAAGCAAGUUUCGAUGAAUGAAUGAUAAUUACUUAUGCUUGAUGAAUUCAGAAGAUAAUGUGAUUUAUGGAGUAUGAAGUUCCAAUCGGAGGAGAUAUCCUAAGAAAAACAAGUUUUGAGAAGUUAUGGAAAAGUGAUUCGCGUUUAAAAGUUUGAGUGAAUCAAACUGAUUUGAAGAAAAGUGCUACCAAUUGAGACAACAAUCUAGUUGAUCAUAGUGAUUGACGACUAAUACAGAAAGAAAGUAAUCCGGUGUUGACAGUUGAAGAAAACUACCAAAGGUGAAGGACAGUUGCUGCAGCAGAAUGGAGUCAGACGGAGAACGUGACAACGGCUACAGCCAUUACAACUCACCACAACAUCAACAAUCCACACAACAGAGCUAUCACCGAUCCUACGAAGAGUACAUGCACCACCAGCAGCAGCAGCAACAACAACAGAGCCAAUCCAGCCAUCAGAGCCAGUCUCAGAACAGUGCGGCCGGUUCCCCGCUACCGGGUCUACCCGGCCAGCACUCAUCGACCGGAGGAUCAAUGCUAGCCCCGCAGAGUCCCAGUAUGCUCGGCACCGGCAGUAACGGCAUGAUGUCCUCCCCGCUCAUGCAGUCACAUUCGCCGCUCCUAUCGUCAAACCCAUCGCUGCUGAACUCGCAAUCUCCGCUGCUGUCCAACUCGCCGCUGAUGAGCCAGUACGCUCCCUAUCAGGAUGUCAUACCGACCAUCCUGCCGCAGGACGACCCCGGGGGAUGGGGCGGUUACGCCCUCGCCCCGGGUCCCUAUCAGAGUGAAUUUUGCGCCUCCAACUACGGAGUGCUACACCAGCGGCAGCAGUACGGGGGCCCAGGGAAGAUGGGACCGCACGGGGCGCUAAAAAGUGCCAAAGAGGCACGCAUCAGGCGGCCCAUGAACGCCUUCAUGGUGUGGGCCAAGGUGGAGCGGAAAAAGCUCGCCGACGAAAAUCCCGAUCUCCACAAUGCCGAUCUCAGUAAAAUGCUAGGUAAAAAGUGGCGAUCCCUAACACCACAGGACCGCAGGCCGUACGUGGAAGAAGCGGAACGCCUUCGAGUGAUUCACAUGACCGAGCAUCCUAAUUACAAGUAUCGGCCACGCCGUCGGAAGCAUACCAAAGCUCGCAGUGGAGCUGCCGGUACCAACGGAGCAGUUGGCAGCCAAGCUGGGUCGAACAAUACUCAAUCCAACAAUGUGAGUAAUUCUUCCCCAAGUGAACUGAACUUUGACGGCGAUUCGUCCCAACGAAUGAGCCCGUACAGUUAUAACCCGCAUUACUACUCUGGAGCAAACAACGUCCUGAACACGCCUGACUCCAGUCCCACGCAAAGUCCUGAGCCCAUCCCGCCAACGGUUGUUCCUGCUUCGAUGGGCGUCAAUAGCAGGAAACUCUCUGGCAACUCGGUAGAUAUUAGUCAAAAAAUGGACGAUGUUUCAUCUGCCUUACCGACACCAGAGAUGAGUCCUCUAGAGCUAGAGAAAGAGAGCUACAAUGGUCUUCACGCUAGCCAUAGCUACGACGAUCUGAAGAGCAAACAAAAGCUAACCUACGAUAGCUACAACAACGUGAAAGCCGAACAAAAACUUCCUGCCACUUUCCCAAACAGCUACGAUCAUGACGGGGAAAUCAAGCGAGAAUACAGCUCUACUCCAUCGUACAUGCACUCCGCCACUCCAGAGAAACGGUUCCACUACGAAGCAGCACUUCCGAAUGGAAUUCAUGACCGCAGAAACUACCUAGCGCCUAGCUCGGGAUCCACGACAACCACGGCAAUGGUGAACGGAAUGUACGUCAUGUGCACGAACCGAAGUAUCCUGGAUCAGGGUCAUAUUGUCACAGGAACGUACUUCCCGCCGUUAGCCACAUCCGAAGACCAUCAAACUUUGGGAACAACCUUGACCACCAGCCAUGUGUCACAUCUCAGUACAAACAGCAAUACCAGUAGUAGUAACCACAACCACAGCAAUAGCAACAACAGCAACUCUAGCAACAACAUUCCAAUCUCUAGUGGUAAUAGUUUGAAUAAAACUAGUAACGGACUUGUGAGUAGUGCACACCUCAGCGGAAGCCCAGGAUCCAACCAACUUGUGCAACAAUCGCCUCAGGGUGCUGGUCUAACGGCGGAACAGAUUAACAGCUACUAUGGUGUUAACUCACUCCCGUCCGGGCUACCAGCCUACUCAUAUGCUUAUAAAGACUAUGGCAUAACCUACGAAUCACCCUCCAUGGGCCAGGACGAGAUGGAUACCCGGGAGCUUGACAAAUACCUAAAAUAUCCGGACAGUAACCACAACUUCAACAGCUACGAAUCGUACCAUCACAGCGGUGCCAUCUACGGUCACGCACAGGCGACCUCGGACUACUACAGCUACCACCAGCAAAACGCCACCCUCCUGGCCCAACAGCAACAACAGCAGCAACAACAACAGCAAUCCCAGCAGCAACUCUCGCUAGGAUCAUCGUCUCCGGCAGGCAGCAACUCCAGCUCCAGCGGAAAGAUCGACCCGUCAAUGAUCGGCUCGUCUUCCGGUGGACACUUACCGACGACACCGGUGGCCCUGUACGCGUUGCCACUGCAGCACUCGCAACUAGCGGCGGCGGCGCAACAACAACAUCAACAACAACAGCAACACCAGCAUCAGCAACACCCGCAUCAACAUCAGCAACAGUUGCAUUUGGCCCAUGGGCCCAAUGCGCACGGGAUUACCGAUAUUUAUGUGACCAGUGAACAGCUGAAGGACGACGAGUUUAGCAACAUUUUGGCCGGUGUGAGAAAAACUUGCUACAGUAAUUGAAAAGUUGGUGGCAAAGUUGGUAGAUGGUUGGAUGGAUACAGUGAUUCUCUUGAAUGGUAUUAGAUGGGCUUUUUUACGGUUUUGACUCGCGGAAAAAUGAGGAGCCUGCCGCAUUUGCGUAAAGCGCAAUUUUUCAGCUGUCUUGUAUCAGAGUGAGCUAGGUUUUGGGUGUGAUUAGGACCCCUUUUUAAAUUUUACACUUGGGGUAUAACUCCCAAACCGAAAGGAAAAAAAACCUUCAAGAAGAUAAUGAUGAUUAGGGCAUCCAUAGUUGUCCAAACUGUUAUGGAGUUCAGUUUUUGAAAUCUACUUCCAUAAUAGUAGUUGUUCUCGCCGUUUACGUUAACAUUAGAUAACCAAAUAUUGUUCGUGCAGUUUAAAAUCGAAAUUUUAAACACGCGAAAAUCGAUUUUUCUCCUAAACCCUGCGUCGCACGUACGUCGGGCAAAGUACACUGGAAAGAGGACCAGAUCCGCUGCCCAGCGCAUUACGUCCGACGUUAGGUUUCACGUAUGAAUUUGGAGAAAAACCGAUUGUCACGUGUGGGGAAACUUCGGGUUUCAACCGCGACGAUAAUAUCUUCUUCUUCUUCUUCUUUAUGGCACGACGUCCCCACUGGGACUUGGCCUGCCUCGCUUCAACUUAGUGUUCUUUGAGCACUCCCACAGUUAUUAAUUGAAGGGCUUUCUUUGCCUGCCAUUGCAUGAAUUUGUAUAUUGUGAGGCAAGUACAAUGAUACACUAUGCCCAGGGAGUCGAGAAAAUUUCCCUGACCGGAACGGGAAUCGAACCCGCCGUCUCCGGAUUGGCGAUCCAUAGCCUUAACCACUAGGCUAACUGGAGACCCCAAUAUAAGCUCCGACCGACGACAAUAUAAGCUACCUAAAUAACCAACAGUUCUGUUUCCCAUGACGAAAUGCGCUUUCAAGUUCCGCGAAGUUCAGAUAAAGUUCCGAAUGGAACUUUCUGGCUGCCUAAGAGGUUAAUAAUGAGCCUUUCUGGAACUUCUCACACAUGUUCGAGCAAGGCUCAUAGUUAGCCUCCUAAGCAGCUUUCAAGCUGCUUAAGAUGCUACUUGGAGCUUUGGCGGAACUCUCAAGUUCAUAGAAGUUUAAUUCAGUAACUUGUUGUGCUAAGGAUUUUUUUUUUUUCAUUUCAUUUUAGCAAAAAAAACACUAUGAGAUAAUUUGCAUGGACAUUACAAUUGAAUUUACUAAAAAUUAGUUAAUUAAUUAAAAGUGAAAAUUAAAAAAAAAAAUGUGAUGCCCACCGUAUUUGAACCGGAAGCCGGUGCGUGAGAGUGUACUAUCACUUGAGGUGUUGUGAUGAAUAACAAAGCGGGUGAAAUCUGACUUGAAUCAAUGCUUUGUCGACACCUAGAUUUGUAAACUUGUGCAGUAGCGCAGAUAACUUUAUUUUAACAAGUCAAGACCAACAGUUGAAAAGGCCACAUCAACAUUGCGUAAAGAAACACGCUUCUGUUAGGGCCUUCUGGGAUCCACCCACGCAUCUCACUACCAUUAACAGAAAGCUUGAUGUUUGCUAUCUGUUAGUGGUGGUGAGGUGUGUGGGUGGAGUUCAAAAGGCCUCAAGUCGAUAGAAACAUGUUUAUUUACAAAAAUUUGUUGUGGCCUUUUCAAUUGUUGGUCUUGAAAUAUCUACAGCAGCGCAGAGGUACGACAGCAGGUUAUUACGGAGAAGUAUCUGGUUCAAAUCUUCUCCAGGAGUGUAUCAUAUACAAUAAGUUGGUCAUGUUUCAAGCAAUACAAGCAAUUGACACAGGCUGUGGUGAAUCUGGAAAGUACCUUUUCGUUUUUACAUUUAUUUUGAGAAAGUUCCAUCAGAAGUUGCUGAGAAGGCUAACAAGCUUCCUUGUGUGAACCUUCAAGUUCCGAAAUUACUUAAAAAUGAAGCUGCUUAGAAGGCCAAAGAGCAUCCUCCAACAAGCUGCUUACCUUAUAAAAUAUCCUCUUAUCAGAACUUCUGGUUACUCGCAGAUAUUUGGGGCAGUACUGAUCCGCCAAACUACCCUGGGGUUCUGAAUUUAAAAUCUACACUGGCGUAGUGCACGUUCAGCAAGCCAGUCAGGACCGUAUCGACCCCAACAUCCUACUAGGGUUAAAGAAACUCACUAAAGAUCAAUAGACAUUGUUGCGUAAUUUUAGGAUUUUCUAGGCAGUUCUAUUUGUUAUAAAAUUGAGGCCUUGAAAAUCUAUAUCUGGAGCUCUAGUUGCUUUCGCUAUACUUAAUAAUGUCACAUAACCGAGUAGAGCCCAUGAAGUUCUUAUAAUACACUGGAACCAUUUAAAAUUGAAAAUGUGCAUGAAUUAUUUUUUAUUCAUGCCAUAAAAAGAAUGUUGUGCAAAAAUUAAGUCAGUAGGUUAAAUGAGAGAACUAAGUGUUUGACAAAAAGGUUUACUACUAAAUUUAAGAGGUGUGUUUAAGGUGCAUUCCAGAGGAAUACCAGGCAGUUUCAGAGGGUUGCUGUUUGUUUCAGAUGGGUUUAACCCUCCUAGAUGUCAGAUUUUCCGCACCACGAUUGCGUAGUGCACGUUCAGUAUGCCUAUCCGGGUCGUAGUGACCCCAACAUCCUACUAGGGUUAAAUAAAUUUAUUGAUGAUCAGUGGAUCAAUGAUGCAACAAUCAUUUUAGGAUUUUCUGAGCAGCUCUAAUUGUUAUGAAAUUGAUAUCUUGAAAACCGAUAUCUGGAGCCUCUGAUACUCCUCUGAAGCCCUCUACAACUCUCUGAAAAGCCUCUGAAGCCAUCAAGACCCCCAAAAAAACGCACAUGAAUCCCUCUGAAUUCGCUACAGACUUCCCCUUGAGACCCUCUGAAUUCUCUGAAGGUCCCCUGAAAUGCCAUUGAAACUCUCUGAAACCCCUGAGACCCUUUGAUACGUGCAUUAGACCCUCUACAAGCUCCUGAAUCUCCCCACAAACCCCCGGAGAUACCAUUGAACCCCACUCAAACGCCACUGAAACCGCUUGAAUCUUCCUGAGACCCCAUUAGAAAGUCCCUGAGUUACCCUGGAACUCCCUAAAACCCCCUUGAAACCCUUGAGAUCUUUUGAAACGUUCCUAAGACCAUCAGAAACGCCUCUGAAAAUCUCCUUAAACUCCUCCAAAUAAUUUUAAGAUCCCUUGAAACCCCUUAUAGCCCCUUGGAAUUCCCCUAAAUCUUCACCUGAAACUUCAUGAAACCCAUUAAAAUCCUCUUUAAAGGCCUUUUAAACUCUUAUGAUACACCCUGAAACUCCCCGGAAUACCUCAUGAAACCCUCUGAGACCCUUGAAACACUCUUGAAACUCCCUGAAACCCUCUUAAUCCCCUCUAACGAAUUUGGCCAAAAGCCGUUAAACUAAAGGUGAUUCCGAAGUCAUGUACCAAAAACGACACAAAAAGGGACAGUUACAGUUAGACUACACAAUUAAAACCUUAGAGCUUUCCUGAAAUCCUUCUGGAACUUCCCAGAAAUUCUCGUGGAACACCUUUAACCUUUAAGAUCCUUUAACCUUUGUGAUGCUCGGUUUCGUCACCGAGGUCAUUUACCCCCCCGAUCCAUAUGGAUCAAUUCCCACGUAGACUUUCCUGGAGCGUCAUGAAACUCUCUGAAAUGCGCCUAAUAUUCAAUGCCAACCUCUGAGGCCCCCUCAAACAUCCUCAGAAGCCGUCUUAAGACCUCUCUCUGAAGUCUCUGAACUCUGAAAAACUCCCAGAAACAUCCAUGAAACCCAUUGUAGUCCCUAACGCCUUAAUCCACCUAAGAUCUCUUGAAACGUCUCUGAUGCGCUCCCAAAAACUUCCCUACUGAAACGUCCAUGAAAACUCUAAAAACGCCUCUGAAACCCCUCUGAAAUCCAUCUGAAACCCCCUGGAACUACUUGAAAAAACCCUAGAUAUACACUAAAUCGUUUCUGAAAAAUCUCGUGAACCCCUUUAAAUUCCUAAAAACACAUUGAAAGCUCCCUGAAAUGCCCUUUGCAACCCCCUAAGAGUCUGUCUGAGGGAGGGAAAUUUGUGGCCAAAAUCUACUAUCCAUACAAAUUUCGAAACUUUUGUAUGAUUAAAAAUCUACAAAGGAGGGACGUGGGCUCUGAGAUGUCCAAAGGAUGUCCAAAAAUGAGUCUACUCUACACCUAUGGGGGUGACACUAAUUUUCCCAAUCCGGAAAAAAGCUGCUAAAACUCGCGAAGCUUUUGCGGAUUUUAUCGUGUGUUUUCGCCUUUUUUCGGAUUUUUUUGCGAUAUUUUGGCUUGGCAAAACUUGUGUUGCCUCUCAUUGUCUAUGUACUUACUUUAUGCGCUGCGCUGUCUGUUUUUUGGUAUAUGGGUUCACGCAUUGGUGUGUGGAUGCCAGGCGUAAAGUGGUAGAUUGUGUGAAGAUUACUAUGAAGCGGCACAAUUCUUUUGGUUACAUAACUUAUGGGCGUUAUAUGUUCGAUAGGAUGCAAAAGUGGAAGCGAUAUACGCACACUUUACACGCGGUUAAAUGGAAGCAGGUACGCAUAUGGCCUCCUCUUUAGCAUCCUAUUCAACAUCAUAUAAGACUUUGUGUUAGCUGGGAGAAUUGCACUGUGCUGUGAAAGUUGGAAAGAAGGAAAACGUUUCAGGUUUUAGUGAAGGCUUCGAACAUACGUUUAUACAUUUGAGAAAAGCGUAUACAGAAAGUUAUACCAUGAUACAAAGUAGAAGGAAAGGGUCGAACCAGAGAUAGAACCCAGAACCUUCUGCAUAUAAAUCAGAAGCGGUAGUCACAAGACCACCAAGGCGUGAAUAACAUUAUUGAUUUAUGAACUACAAAUUUUCUCUUGAAUAUGCCCAAUUGUGCACCAAAAAUUUAUCGUAGAUUUUCAUAUUAAUUACUUUAACAACAACAUGCUCAGAUACUAUGGCAUAAUUUGGGUAUUAAUGGAUUAGAAGUGGAUUCCAUAUAGGAUUCUUGAUGGCGAAAGUUAGCGAAUACUUGCUGGUUGGGUUUGGCUCACAAUUUCUUCGAAGAAAAAACUCUUGAUGCUAGUAAAUGUGAUACUAGAAAAGUUGUUUUUUUAAAGGAAUUGUGCUACGGAGACUACCAGCUGAACUAUUUUUCGUAUUAACGGGAAGACCCAUUCCGAGAAUGUUUCAAUAUAAAAAAUAAAAGUCUGCCUUGGGAAAAACUGUUCCGUCCACCAUACGCCGAUGAGCAUCAGUCAAUACCAUACAUACAUGUAAUUUCCCGCUAGCAGUGAACAAUUAAAAGCAGUCCUAUAGUAUCAAUACUCAAUGCCUCAAAUGAAGACAAUCCCUAAAAAGCAAAUAUGUACAUAUGUGACGACGAUAUGACGUAACGUAAACAUAGAUAAAAAAGGAUGCAAUAUAACAGCAUCAAUAGCGUGAAGAGCAAUAGUGUAUAGAUUGUAAAAACAUUUUUGUUUCCAUUAAGUACUUCUCUUCGUUUCUACCUGAACAAAUCGACUGUAAGCUGUGCAUAAAAAAAGCAGAAACAAAAACUUUCAAUCGCAUUAGGUAAGUGCACAUCAUGUGCAGAUCAGUAUUUAAUGUUUUCCAUUGUAGAAAAAUUAUCACUCGUUAGAAUUGCAAUACUUUUGCCAGUUUUCUUCGUUUAUAAAAUUAUAGUCAAGCAUAUGUCCCCUUGUUGUAACCCCCCCAAAUCGAAUGAUCUUCAUUUCGAAAAGAAAAACGAAACCAACACAAAAAUUUCAUUUUGAUGAUUUUCAACUGCCCACCGUUCUCGGUUCGUAGCCGAACAUGUAAGAUUGGAUCAUUUGAUGCGCUGGAAGAAACGCGUGGGAAUCAGUUUAUUGAUAUGAGCCAAUUUCAAGCAAUGAGUAAAACACAUCAAUAACUAUGUAUUUAUGUUAAGUUAAACCGUAGAUACAGACGGAAGCGUGUUAAAGAAAAACAAAAUCGAAAAUCUUAAAGAAAACCAAAGGUUUCUGAUACUGAGAACGAUAAUGAAUUACAAAUUAAGGAACCAACAAAGCAGAAGAAAAAUAACUUGUACAUAGGAAACCUCAGAGAGCAAAGCAACACGGUGAAGUGAAACAGAGACACUAAAACAAUAUGCGGAAGACGAGUUGCGGCACUACUGUUCCCCGAUUCCGUCCCGUAAUUGAGUGUUAAUAAAUAAUCAUAAAAUAAUUACUGUAGCGAAUUAUAAUCGACACGAUGAUUUAUAGGGAAAAUAUAUCUUUUCCACUGGUCUGGCUCGCAGUGCAGUGCAGUGCAGUUAACUCUCACGAAAGCCGCCCUGGCGGCUCGACAUGACCAACGCGCGAGCGGUUCAUUAGUUCUGAGUCAUCCCCCAGACCCAGGUCUGAAGAUGCCUCCGACAGAAAACUAUCUAUUUCUAUGCAACUGCUAGUUUGCUAGUUGAAUUUUAAAACAAAAUGCAACCGUCGUCGGUUGCGUUUGGAUCAUCUCAGCAGCGGGAGGGGUUUCCGUUUCUCUCACUUCGAAAGAUAAAGCCAGACGAUGUUCUUGCUGAACGGGCCGGGAUUGCAUGCCUCAUCAUCGUGAUUUCUUCUAAUGACUCUUACGUUUUGGUAAUUAGCAAACGCUAAGUGCACCACACGAAAAGCUUAAAAUGAAAAAAAAAUAAAAACACUCGUUCAAUUAGUACUUAGUGUGAGUAAACUCCCUUCAGAAACUCUCGGAGCAGUAAUUUAUUAGUGAAUUACUACGGAUUCGGUAGGAGUCGAUUUUAAAUACUUUUAGGUUGAAGAAACUAUAUUCAAGUCUGAGUGAGACUUAGUAGUGAUUGUACUAUAAACUUUAAACAGCAAACAAUGGAAUAUUCAAAAUGUUCAAACAAAAAUCUGAAAUAUAGUUGAUGAAAAGUUUAA